CGUCAUGCAGUCACGACUGGUACGCAGAACCUGCGGCUACAUGACAUGUUUGUGUUCCUCAUGCUCCUCCCUGACUGCUACACACACCAGGCUGUCAUUCCUACUGCCAGCAGCCAUGUAUUAACAGCAGCCUCCUCCGGGUUCUGACGGCCGUCUUCCUUCACGCAAUGGAGCUUUUGGGCACCAACACGCAGGCGACCGCUGAUGCCGACUCUGCGAAAGACGGCAGCAGCGGCGCCGCAGACGUCGACGGCAGAGACGGGGCUAGGGAGAGGAGGGAGAGGACGGUGCCCAGCGAGCACCAGGACAGGACCAGCACCCAGCAACAGCAAACCGCCGGGGUGUUCGAUAAACUGUUCGGGAAACGACUUCUGCUGGCCAGACAUUACAUCAACUCUCGCAAGUCCUGGUUAAAGAUGGUUCCCACACAAAACUGUGACAUCCUGAUGACUUUUCCAGAUACAAUAGAUGACCACACUCUGCUGUGGCUCCUGAAUCAAAUGCGUGUUGGAAUCCCACAGGUCAGCAUCCAGGUCCGGCAACAUAAACACACCCAGACCCAAGCCUUCUUCAUCACAACAACAUUUGAAAACCUGCUGCGAGGAGCCGAGCAGAUGGGCAUGUACAAGACUGUGAAGCCACAGUUUGGUGGUGGCAUGCGCCGCUUCUCCUGUGAGGAGGACAACAUCUAUGAGAACAUAGAAAGCGAGCUUUGCUUUUUCACCUCGCAGGAACGUCAGAGCAUCAUUAAGUAUUGGCUGGAUAACCUGCGUGCCAAACAGGGGGAUAUGCUCCACAACAUCCACUUCUUGGAGGGGCAGCCAAUAAUUCCAGAGCUAAUCGCUCGGGGAGUGAUCCAUCAGAUGUUUCCUCUUCAUGAACAAAGGAUACUCAACCAGCUGAUGACUUCGUGGGUCCAGGCUGUGUGUGAAAGGCAACCCCUCGAUGACAUUUGUGACUACUUUGGAGUGAAGAUCGGCAUGUACUUUGCUUGGCUGGGUUUCUACACCAACUCCAUGCUCUACCCUGCCGUCAUCGGCUUUCUGCUCUGGAUACUAGCAGAAGAUGAUCAGACCAGCCAAGAUAUCUGCUGUGUGGUUUUUGCUCUCUUUAAUGUCGUCUGGGCAACUUUGUUUCUGGAGCGCUGGAAGCGGCGAGAAGCAGAGCUGGCCUACAGGUGGGGCACCCUGGACACCCCCGCCGAGUCCUUGGAGGAGCCCAGGCCCCAGUUCAGGGGUGUGAGGCGGUGCAGUCCCAUAACGGGCUGUGAGGAGUUUUACUACCCCACCUGGAAGAGAGCCAUGUUCAGAUGGCUGGUCAGCCUGCCGGUCUGCCUGCUCUGCCUCUGCUUCGUCUUCCUCGCUAUGCUCCUCUGUCUUCAACUGCAGGAAUUGGUGAUGGAGAUUCAGGAGCUGCCUAGUAUCACAAGAUUCAUCCCUAAGAUACUUCUGGCCAUCACUGUAACUGUAUGUGAUGAGGUGUAUAAGAAGAUUGCCUACUGGCUGAAUGACAUGGAGAACUACAGGCUUCAGAGUGCCUACGAGAACAAUUUGAUCAUCAAGAUGGUUUUUUUUGAAUUCAUUAAUUCUUACCUCAGCCUUUUCUACAUUGGAUUCUACCUCAAGGACAUGGAGCGACUGAAGGAGAUGCUUGCUACUCUAUUGAUUUUCCGCCAAUUCCUGCAAAACAUCAAAGAAGUCCUUCAGCCAUAUCUCUACGAGCAAAGCAAGCUUGGCGUCUUCACCCCAAAGGUCUUGUGGGAGCUCCUACAAGUCAUCAUUCUCAAGUAUGGGCGUCUGGCUCUUGGGAAGGCACAAGCCUCAAUUACAUCCUACUCCUUCUUGAGUCCCAGAGGAAUCUCAAACAGUCACGCCACGAAUUGUAACCAGGAACCGAGGAGAAGAGGAGAUCUGAAAGCUGGCUUCAGGCUCUCAGAGGAAGAGUGGGACAUGAACGACAGCUUUAUAAAGCAUCGGAAAGUCAGCUUCACAGAGAAGGUGGACUACAAGAAUGUCAAGACGGAGACCCAGGCUGUGGAGGACAGUUCCCUGGAGGACAGUCCAACGCUGGUGGAAGAUGGGAUGGAUCCAUCCAGUAUUUUUGACAGUUGUGAUGAGGACAGUGACUGUGAAUCGCUGUCUCAGCAGGAGACCAAGGAGAACGUCAGUGUGUCCUCUUCAAAAGAAUCCGACUCCAUCUACCAGAGAAGGAGUGUGGAGGAGGGGAAAGAUGACAAGAAAUCUUGGAUGGAUCCACCAGAGGAACCCAAAACCGUUGCUUUGACUCAGGCUGAGAUAGAGAGUUGUAUGCAGACAUAUGAGGGAACACUUCAAGACUACCAGGAGAUGUUCAUUCAGUUCGGCUAUGUGGUGCUCUUCUCCUCGGCCUUUCCCCUGGCGGCCAUGUGUGCUCUUAUCAACAACAUCAUUGAGAUACGAAGUGAUGCCCUGAAGCUGUGCACUGGCCUUCAGAGACCGUUCGGACAGAGAGUGGAGAACAUCGGACAGUGGCAGACUGCAAUGGAAGCCAUGGGCUUGAUAGCCAUUAUAGUUAACUGUUACCUGAUUGGUCAGUGUGGCCAGCUUCAGCGUCUGUUCCCCUGGUUGAGCCCAGAGAUGACCAUCAUCUCCAUUGUCUUGCUUGAGCAUUUUGCAAUCCUCCUAAAGUACGUCAUCCAUGUCGCCAUCCCUGAUAUCCCUGGCUGGGUAGCAGACGAGAUGGCCAAGCUAGAGUACCGACGAAGGGAAGCUUUCAAGAAACAUGAGCUGCAGGCACAGCAGCACUUCCAGCAGCAGCUUCGGCGCCGCCGGGAGGAGGAGGAGCUUCACCGUCAAGCCGAGCUGCAGGCAGAAGCUCGUCAUGAGAGCGACUACCACAAGGCGGACAUGCAGCACCAGCACCACCAUGACAAAUCACAGGGCAGCAAGCCUGGUGACAAGCCCAAGAGGCCCAGCUCCCUGCUGGGGAAUAACAACGUGAUGAAGCUCAAACAGAUUAUUCCUCUCCAAGGGAAGUUCUCCUCUGGGACGUCCCGGUCACCAGCUCAGUCGCCAACGGGAGGCGAAGCAAAGCUGCCUGGAUUUCUGAAGUUCCUAAAGUCACCUGAAGUGAAAAAAGAGCCAGCGGCGGCAUCUGGAGGAACACCAGGCUCAGCAGUGACAUCUUCAGCUCCCUCUGGUGGACAGGAGAAGCCACAAUCCCCAAACAGAACAUUUAGUCCAGGGAAGCUGUUUAAUUUUAGCAAAUCAGAGGGUACGGUGGUGUGUGCUAAUGGCACACAGCAGCCAAACCAGGCUACUAACUCUCAUUCUAACACAACCACAGAGGAAUUACCCUCAAACGAGUCAGAUAAAGGAGAAUCAAGACUACAGACUGAUUUAGAAAACCCAAAGACCUAACAAAUGAUCACCCACAGCAAUGUCAUAUUAGGAAGGGAGAAAAAUGUACAAAUGAUCAUGAAAAAUGUAGAAACACUGAUGCACUCCGGUGUUAAACCACAAGGAAAACAUGCAGCAAGUGUUCAGCUUUCACUCUUGAUGCAACUCCAUAAAGUGUGCCACUUUCUCUGUAUGCACUUAAUUAUCUAACUUCCAUGUAUAAACUGUACAGUAAGUGUCUGAUUCUAUGGGGGUUCAGUAACAGUGCAGCCUGAUCCGAGACAGUACCAGAGACAGAAAGGGUCCAGAACCAAGACAGUAGAAAGGCAGUUUGUCGGUCAAACUUCCAGUUCCAAGUUGGUGCUGGUACUGGAUGCAUGUACCAGCACCACGCAUGCACAGUGAACAUGUGCAUGCAUGGCAUGUUUACUGUCUUUUCAGUUGCAAUGCACGUUCAAAGCCAUUGGGAUUCUUCUGCACUAGGUCAGAUAUAGUCACUGUGACCAUGAAAAAAAAUCUAUUUUUCCAAACUUUGAUUUUCUAUGAAUUUAUUUUACUACAUAAUUUAGUGACUGUAACUAUAUGAGGCAAAUAAAUGUCACUCAGUUCAAUGUCCACGUGAGAGAAACAGGAAAGGAGGAGCUGGUGUUGCUUUAUGAGAGAGACCAUGCUGCUGCUGGGUUCUGAUGCCUCCAGGCGGUGGCAACCACAAGGGAGGUGAGGGGCAAACUCUCAGCCACCACUGUUUAAACUUACAGUGAGGCUGAAAAGAGAGUACACCCUGCUUGUUCUUGGCUUUAAUAUAUAUUAAGAUCCCAAGAAAAACACCAAUUAUAGCAAAAUCUAGUCUUAUUUCAUGUGACAGAGGUCAAACUGUUGUGUUCACAGCCAAACAGACUUUAAAAAAGAAACUGGAAGAAGAGUUAAAAUGAAAUAAACAAUAUAAUAAAAAUUCUAAGAAAGAAGUCGCAACAAUUUAUCCAGAAGUUAAUAUAAACAAACCACUAUUAUAAUAAUUAUUAUUCUUUUAAAAAAUAAAGAAAAUGUUGCAUCCAAAAAUUGACAUUUUCCAGAAAAACUAAAAAUAAGUCUAUGUUCAGGAGUCCAAAUAAAUGUUUUUUUCUUCUGUCUGUUCAACAGCAGCUUUUUGUUCCGUUUUGAACAAAAAGUAACCCAUGAUGGAAACACUGGUGAAAAAACUAAGUGCACCUAUGGGGCCUUCAUGGGACUUUAGAGGGGCUGUAGCAGCCUGGGUUUCAUCAACUGAUUAUUAUCAGCAUAGGCACCACCAUGCAAUUGUUAGUCAUGACAGCUCAGUAUUUGAUUUUAUUUAUUUUAAAAGUUAAACACAGAGUCUUAAUUUCUUCUAGUUUUGAUGAUUACACCUACCAGAUCCUGGAAACCCAUCAUUCAGUGUCUCAGAAAAUCAGAAUAUUACUUAACAGACAUGACAGGCUUCUGAAAACAAUGUUUAUUUCUAUUCCAUUAAUACUUGGUUGGGGCUCCUUUUGCACGAAUUACUGCAUGAAUGCAGUGUGGCAUGGAGGAGGUCAGCCUGUGACCCAGGUAGCUUUGACAGCGGCCUUCAGGUCAGCCACCUUGUUGGAUCUGGAGUCUCAUCCUCCACUUAAUAACAGCCCAGAUAUUCUCUACAUGGUUAAAGGUCAAAUUCACAACGUUUUGAAUGGAUUCUUCUUGACAAUCAUCUCAAAGCAUCAAUUAUGUUGCUGGUGCACCUUAAAUAACACUUUCCUUCCGUUCAACUUUCUAUGAAUAUGCCCCAGAUACAGCCCUCUGUGAAUCAGCAGCUUCUUCAGCAAUCACCUCUUGUAGCCUCACCUCCAAGUGGACAGUGUCCAUCACUGUCUUAUGCUCCAGUCAGAAUGUUGUCUUACCAACCCAGACUGAGAGGCUCAGGAAACCUCUGCAGGUGUUUUCAGUCAAUUAGCUGAUUAAGGUGUGAACCGUGAGUUUUCAGUGUUUAAUAUCUCCACAAUGUUCUUAUAUUGUGAGACACUAAAUUGAUGGUUGUCAUUAUCUUUAGGACAUAAUCAUCAAAAAUAGUAGAAAUAGAGACUUGAAAAAUCCCAGCGUGAUGUAUCUGUACAUGAGUCACUUUCUGAAACAAGUGACAAAAACUAUAAAACUUUUUAAUAAAAUGUUUUAAGUGUAACUAAUCAUGACUGGAAAACAUUUAGAAAAGAAAAGUUGUCCAUCUUCACAUUAAUCACCUUCACAGUAUUACAAAAACACAACUUUUAGACCAUAACGUAUAAUACAAUGUUCCUCAACAUGGUUUUUCUACAAGGCCUGCUGAAUCAUGCAGUGUGGAUGAAGGUACACAGUUUUGUACAUUCAAAUUGAAAUGAUUUUUUUUAAAGGACCAGAUUAUUUUUUAUUGUACUCCGAUACAUAAAACCCAAGAGCUGAAACAGGGUGUACUUUCUUUUUGUCAUGACAGAAGAAGGAAGAAAGGGUUGUUUUUUUUUCCUUGAAAGUUUCUCCAAAGCUUUCUGGUUUGUGUCAGUUACUGUGUGUCACCAUGUACCUUCAUACAAACGCUGACAGUGCAUAUAUGCAAUAAACUCAGACACAUUCCAAACUUGU